UAUUCUCACAGAAUAAGUAUAUUAUUACGUUAGAAAAUCAUAAUUUUUAUCCACUUACAUGUACCUUUCGCCGCAAUGUAAAGUAUUUCCGAUCCAUAUGAAGAAGCACGCGGACUUCCGAAAUUUCAUUAUUGAAUAGACAAAUCUCUGUGUCACGGCGAAAUAACUUGUACGAAAAUGCAAUUUCGAGAUGUUGCAUUAUUUAUAACAUAAAUGAAAUUGAGAGAAUGCGCGUGAUGUGAUAGUUUAGUAUGACAUUGUUAGUUGUGUCGCAAUGUUUCUUGCGUCUCUCCCGUCAUGGAUUCACAAGAGCAGUCCGUAUGCUCGGAAAUGGCGAGCGAAUUACGAUACGCUUUGGACUGCGGCAACGGAAAUAAAAAGCCGUCGAAGAAGGCGUUUUGUCGACGUCAGGGGCAACAUUCAAGUCUGUCGAUUGUUUCGGAGGAGGGCAAGUACGCGGCAUGCAACAAGUACAGGCACUUCGUUGGAAAAGCACCUCUGACGUGAACAAAGGAACGCCUGGCGUGCGAAAAGGCCGAGUGAUGAAUUUCUUUGCGAAGUUAAUUGCUUCCUCUCUCACAUGCGAAUUAAAACAUACAUGACCGAUCAAUUCGAAAUAUGUUUAAUCUAGAAAAUAAAAAUCACCGCAAAAAUUAUUCCUAACUAACCUACGAAAUCACGUUUAAAUACAGCAAAAAAUGGCAAUUCUUAUAAUUAUAUUAUAAAAAUGGCAAUUCGUAGAAAAAUUUGAAUUUUAUCGAAUUUCAAACAUAAAUUCGAUACUACAUCUCUUAGGGAAGAGAAAAACGCUGCCAAAAGUUCUUAGCACUAGGAUUCUGUAAAUUCGUUGCGAUGAGAAUUCACGAUACGAUUUAGAGUCUACGUGUAAAAAGGACUUAUUUCUAAUUGUGUGUACACAUCUGUCCUUUUUUUACGAACCACUGUUGAAUAAAAAAAUAAUCUAUCAUCUAAUCCCACAUAACAUUUGUUAAGCAUAAUGAGAUCAGAAUGAAUGCGAAGAAACGAACGAGUGAACAGCAGAGUCGCAUGGAAUUGAGUAGCGUUUCGUGUAAAAUAUUUUAUUGAAAUCAAUCCAAAUAUUGUUAUCGAUAUGCGUGAAUUUUUUUCGGAGGAACGUGAAUUCCAUCGCGUAUAUGGUGAAUUCAAAGAUUUGAAAUAAUGUUGAAAUAAUGCAUGAUGUUUAAAUAAAUGAUGUUAAAAUGCGAAAAGAUUUCAUACAUUCCAUCUAUAAUCUGCGAGAUGUGAUAUCGCGAGUGAUGAUCAUUUGCUCUAUUUUGUAUCGCGAUCCAACUGUUUCAUAUGUGUGAUUUAUGAUGUAUAGUUAAAAUGUUUAAAUAUAUUUUAUCUGAAUUUAUUGUCAUCUCCUUAGCUGGUCUGACGGGGUCCAUAAGGUCAAUGAAAUAUUGUUUGAACAAAUUAGAGUUAAUUGUCUAAACUAUUCUAAUUAUCUAGACUAUAUAAAUAUUUCAAGCCGCAUUCGCGACAUAUAUUGUCAAUGUUCUAUCGAAUGCAAAAGACUGCUAUUCUUAUGAAGAAAUACUAUUGCUUUCAAGAAAUACAUGUCAUUAUUCCUGCUACCGUUCGUUCGUCCGAGUAAUGUUCAAUCGCAUUCCCGUUCAAUCGCAUUUAUGCGGACCUUGUGAACCAAGCAGUAUUUCUUUGAGUCUUCUUUUUAUUGUAAAAGAGAAAAAUGUAUAGGAAAUACAGGCACACGGGAUUCUCCAGUUUAAUAUUUAAACCAUCGAAAAAGAAUGUCGCAUAAAUUAAAGUAUGAAUGUUCGACGCUGUAUUGAAGAAUGUAUGACAUUCCGAUAGCUUGUACGUGGAUACUAUUUUAAGAUCGAGCGUAAAAGCGAAGAGAAGCGUAAAAUACAUUUUGUUUCUUUCUUCUAUACUUGCAAGCACCUUUCAAUAUUUUAUUUCACUCAACACAAUUUACCGAAUUCUGAAUGCAAAUUAUAGAAAAAAGUACGUACAAACGAUAUAUAAAAAUAUACAUGUGCAUACAUACACAAUACCCACUGUAAAUAUCAUUAACACUAUUACAUAUUUGCAUUCAUAUGUCACGACAUAAUAUAAGUUUGUUAACAGCCAAUCGCGAUUCUACUUCUUAUAUAAAAUGUAAUACAAGCAUCAACACAUAUUAAACGUAAAUAAAUUAAU